GUGGGUUUCCUGUUGUUGUCCUGUUUUGAAGACCCGUGUCCUGGCGUCCUGACCCCUCCACUUUCUGUCUGUCUUUCUCCUCCUUCCACUCGCCUGCCCUCCUCUUCCUCGACAGACUUCUGUUCUGCAGCACCAGUCUCUCCUGAAGCCUGAAACCAUGCUGACGUUUGUGGCGCUGGCGUCGGUUCUCCUCCUGGGAAUAGUGCCCGAGCAGACGGAGGCCAUAUCGAUCUACACCGGCUGGGAGCGCCACGCCCUGCUGGGCUCCGACGUCCGCCUCUCCUGCUCCUUCUUCUCAUGGCGCGGCACCUCCGAUGACGUCACCUUCUCCUGGACGUACAGACCGGACGGAUCCCGGGACAGCAUCUCUAUCUUCCACUACACCAGUGGGCAGGCCUAUGUGGACAACAAGGGCCCCUUCAGGGACCGCGUGGAGUUCGUGGGCAACCCGGGCAAACGCGACGGCUCCAUCCUGAUCAAGAACCUGGACUACAACGACAACGGCACCUUCACCUGCGACGCCAAGAACCCCCCCGACAUCGUGGGCCGUCCCUCCAGCGUGCGGCUGCUGGUGUUUGAGACCGUUCCAAUCCAGGCUGGAGUGAUCACGGGCGCCAUCAUCGGGGUGGUGCUGGGCCUGCUGGUGCUCAUCGUGGUCAUCUACUACCUGAUGAGGUUCCUGGUGGCGCGUCGUGUCUUCAGCCUCAGCGUCAGCAAACAUGGCAAGAAAAAGAGAGAAGGAACACCGGCGAGACAGGGCCCCGUGCCUACCGCCGACCCCACCAAGGUGAAGGCGGCCUCCUCGGAAAAGAAGAAGCAGGAGUCACGCAAGGAUAAGAAAUAGGAUACGGGGAGGGGCUGGGGCCGACUGCUGCUCCAGCCCGUUUACCUGUCGCUGGCGAGGCCCAAGCCCAAGCAUCAGCAGCAGAGAACCAUCGCCAGAAAGACAGAGGGUGUGGGGGGAGGAGGGGGAGGGGAGGAGGGCCGGGUGCUGAUGACCAUUGAUCUGGAGCUGACCCGAAAAAAUGGGGAGGAGAAGUCAGCCGGUGAGGCGGGGGGAGGGAGGUCCGCACCGCCUGGCUUCCUCUCCCGCCUCGCCAGCCAGCUCACCUUCAAAAAGUAAAAACCAAUAGAUGAGAGCAACACUUUUCCCUCUAGGCCCCGCCCCUCUUUUGGGUGAAAACAGUUUUAGCCAAUUACACUUAAAAACAUUAAUAGUAGGCCUACUGCGCCUUUUUUCUUCUUCCCGUAGCCCAGUUACGAUGGUCAGCAAACAAUUAAAAAAUCUCAUUAGAGAUCGAUGACCAACGUCGAUUUAUGAUUUAAUUUAAAUCAAUACUGGAUCGAUGUCCGGUCAGUCUGUCUGUGGACGAGUGGCAGGCAGCAGGCUAACACUCAAACACUAUAGAUCAGGCACAACUAAGACGGUACAAUACAGACACGAUACGGAAUAAAUUGGAAUAUAUUAUAGACCGUUAUUGUCAUUUCUGAAUUAGAUCGUUUCUUUCAGGAAGUAAAGAAACCGUAACUCUGGGUGCAGGAUACGACACAUCAGCUUUUGGGCAUGAUGAAAUUAUUGUUUACUGCUUGGUGGCGAUUCCUUGUUUUUAACCGGAAAAGUGGCGGGCCCUUCAUUUUCGAGUUGCUCUCAUCUAUAGGGACGCAAGGGGGGAGGGGGCCGUCGAGGAUAAGAGAGUGGGAAGAAACCACAAUCCUACUUCACAACCUGAAUACACGAGUCAAAUCAUAUCUGCUCUUGUCACAGGCUAAUGACUUUAUGGUUUGAGAUCUGAGAUGUGGUGAUAAUCUCUUCUACCACUCGGCACCCCCAGUUUCUUUUGUCAGGUCAUAAGAUAUGCCAAUUGAAGCGAGACCCUACGACGGCCGGGUUUGAUAACAAAAUCUAAAAAAGCUGCUCCCCGGGUUUUGCCUUUCUGGUUCCUUCAUUGUGAUCCUAUCCGCCGGAAAAAAAGCUUUCUCCUAGUGCGUUCGAUACGCAUCACGAAUCCAGAGCUGCGGGGACAAGCCAAUUUGCUUUUUUCCAGAGGCGACCUGUCAAACUAACUUUCUCCCCUCUACGCUGAUCUCCAUUCUUUUCCCUCUCCAAUCGCAUCUCUUCCUCUUUCACUGUGAAUGUUCUUGUUAAUUCAAAUUAUAGAAUUGAUUUAUAUGCUAACUGCUCCAUCCUGUUUCUCUUUCACUUCCCUUCCCUCUUUUUCUUCCUCUUUUCUCUCUCCUGUAGAUAAAGGUCUGACUUCUCCAUGACUGCCUUCACUCCUCUAGUCUGCGCCCUCCUUUUCUGCCCAGCCUGAUGCAACCCCCAUUAUUUCCCAUUAUCUCUUCUCUUUCAAGACAGCACUGGCUAUAAGAAUAGUCCCACUACAUCAGUGGCAACAGUGUCAAAUAAUGUUUUACAACGGCUGAUUAAAGAGCCUGAAUGCACUCAUUGGGCGAACUGUAAAAGUGUUUAAGGCCUAACAACACACAUAACUUCCUUAAGAGGAGCCCGAAAGACAUCGCUCUGUGUUUAAGGCCCCCUGAAUCUCCCCCCUUAAUGUUUACGACUCAAUCACACACCAAUGCGAGUGCACUCUGCACUUCAGAUGGAGAAAAAGAGAGACGGAGUGGAGUGUGAUAGCGGGAGAGAGAAAUAUGAUUCCUGCUCUCAGCCGGGUCGUAGAUAGAGGUUCAAGCCCCGGAGCUCGGGUGAUUCAAUCCUCUCACAUUCGAGCUAAUGGAGGUUGUCACCGUGUCACCCGCCCUGGCUAAAGGGGGCUAUUUCUGGACCUAUAAGAGCGUAAGGGCUUACUGUAACAGCUGCACAUUUUUCAGCCAGCAGGGGAGGGGGGUAGAGAAAAGAAAGAAGUGUUGUUUGUGUCCGUUUUGACUCGACGGGCGGCGACUGACAACCUGAAAUGACGUCACGACCCCGAGGGCUGGCGGUUGUCUCACGAGUCUGACGAAAAGGCUUACCAGGAAGAGGUGCAGCUUCUACGCUUUCAGAGUUAUUUUCGGUCCACUUAAUCCUCUCGCACAUUUCUCCUCACCAACCCAGGGCUAAUUAUCUUAGCACUAGCUGGUAACAAGAUAUCUCUCUCUUCAUCUCGCUCCCGGCCUCCUCUGCUGUCUUCCUUCCUUUUGUUAUUCUCUCUUCAUCUCCACUCCCAUCUUUGGGAUUCAUCUCCUCCCUCCAAUCCCCUUGUUUCAUUCUCUCUGUCCUUACGUCUUUGGCUUCCUUUAUCUCUUCCGCUUCCUGUCGCCUUUAGUGACUCUGCACCGCAUUCUUCCCCGCGCAGAAAAAAGGCCUAUACACAAUCCACUCCUCUCUUUAAGCCUCUCCUUAUCAGACUGCCAGGCCUACAGCUCAAUGCUCUGCUCCUCUUCCUUCUCUCUUCUGUCCUUCCUCUUCUCUUUAUUAAACUCGAUGACGGACAUCUCUCUCCCCUCCCUCCGGCUUACCAAAUGAUGGACGAACGCCCUCUCACUUGCCCUUCAAAACGCCACCUCCCCCCGAGGCAUGUCCCCUGCCAGUCCGCCUUCUUCCUCUUUCUUCACUGUGUUGUUUCUGCUGGUUCGAAUGCCAAAACACUCCUCCUAUGACCCUUACCGGCAAAGGACAGAAACACACGGGCAGAAAUCGCCCUUUAGUUCUCUCUGAGGAACUUAUAAUCUAGCUAGCUCUCCUUCGGUCGCAAAUAGGACGCGUUUUAUGUAUAUGUGUGUCUAGUUAAGAGUUUUAAAAGUGAGAUUUGAUAUAAGCAAAACAAGUAUGUCACCCUAAGUAAAGCAAAUGUAGACAUUGUUUCCAUGUGUACAAGAAACCACAUGGAGAACAUGUUUAUCGAGGCAGGGAAGAAAUGUAAUUGUAUUCAAUAGAAUAUGUUGCUAUAUUUCUGACCUUGUGUGUUAUGGAAGGUGCUGUGUGGCUGUCUCUCUGGUGUAUGUUUUAUUUUGAGGCGAGAGAGAAGAUGAGGGGUGGAUAAUGGUUUAUGUUCGCCUCAGAUUCAGCAAGAUGUGGCUGGGGAGGAAGGUGCUUGCUGUGGGAGAAAGCAUGAGAGGAAGAGACUUAUCAGACGUGUUAAGGCAAGCCAAAAAUCCAUAUGUAUCACCACGGAUCGUCUUCUCUUACCCCAGAGCUUUCUUUUAAAGGUGCUCCUUCCCCAACCCUGAGCCAAAGAUGGAUUGCGAUCUGAUGCUUGAUACGCAGGGUGGAUAGUGAAGACUUGAAUGUUCCUUUAAAAUUCAUAACGGCAAAAAGGUGCUAAAAUCCACAUAUUUAUAACUGGAGAUCUGUUUCACUAGUCGCUGUUUAACUGUCCAGUCACAUGGGUUAGUCAGAAUGUUUUUCAUUAAAGCCACACAGACACCUGACAUAAGACAAGCCGCAUUAAAAUGCCUUUUAAAAAAUGUUUUAUAUGUAUUAUGAACUGCAUUAGUCUUAUUGCACAAUAACCUUCCUUUAUUUAAAAAGACUGGAGCUUCUUAUGUUUUUUACAUUUGUUUUAAUGCUUGUGAUAACUCCAUACCACUAACAACUUUUGAUGACUGUCUGUAUAAUACAGUAUGUUGUAAAGAGAACGUAAAUACAGAUUAAAGCCCGAGCGCAGCUGUUAUCAACAGAAGACAAAGUAAACCCAGCUGAAAA